CAGACCGCCUGUCACGAUGAGGGGGCGGCCAGGACCGCGCUGCGCCUCCUGCCCACCGGGGCGCCCCCCAGACCCUAGCUGGAAGGAAAAGGAGGUGGGGCCCCCUGAACUGCGCGGCAGCCAUUUGGGGUAUCGGUCACCAUUUAGGGGGCCUGGACUUCCUCCGAGGACUCCCCAUUCAUAAAAUUCCGUACUGGACCCUCACCAUUGAGGAACUCAGGGGACCACUCCCCCGCCGGGGAACAGCUGUGUGAGGAGCGUAGGGCAUCCAGAAAUCCCGGCGUCCCAUCCCAGUAGGCCCUGGAGAGGACCCCUGCCCUCUUUCUCUGCUUCACCUGUUGUCGGGGGAGGCGGGCGGACAAAGGAAGCAGCGUCACGUGACUGCUCAUUCACAAAAUCCCAUCCCAUUGAGAAAAGGGGGCUGGGGGCGCUGCAGCCUCCCCCUCCCCUCCCGAAGGACUGGGGAAACCCGGCAGCCUGCUGGUGGGGGAAGGGGCUAGAGCUCGUUGCUGGGGUCCCUAAGGCCGGUGCUCCAAGGUCCCUGCGCUAGGUGGUAGUGAGGGGUUGGACGCUGAUCCCGAUUAUGGGCGGAGGGCUACGUCCCCUGAGCUGGGGGGCGGGGUAAGAUGGUUCUGAAGGAUGCUAGGGCGGGGAGGGAAAGGAGGAGGGAUCAGUUCCUCUCCCAACCCCUCACCCGGCAAUCUCUUCCCCUUGCCUUUCCUCGGCAGGGGCCUGAGGGAGCAGGCUUGAUUUUUGUGAAUGAAAUGCUCUCUGGAUGUCUCUCGAUCGCCCGUUUCUGGCUUCCUCUGCCUCCAUCUCCCUUUCGGCCUGUCUCUGGCCAUUUCUGGUUCUCUCCCUGCUCCCUGCCCAUCUCCCGUUGCUGGGUGACUCAGUGAGCUUUGCAUCCGGUCUCAUUCAUAAAUCCGGGAAGGGGUGGGGGGGGCGGGUAGGAAGACAGCCUGGGUUUCUCACCCAGCCAGUGGCCUGGGUGGCAGGGUGCGGAGGCAGUGUAGGGGGAACUGGAGCUGAGUUGAUGGGCUAUAAGAAAAUACAUAUGCGCAGGCACCCAGCUGUGAGGGGGACGUUGGGUGGGGCUGUGGGUACGUGAUGAGGGAGGAGAAGGAGACAGGGUUGAUAGGGGAUGAGCAGGAGGAGGAAGGGAAGUGGAAGAGCGAAGCUUUGGGGGUGAGGAUGGGGAAGAUGGGGAAAGGGAGGCAAGGUGAGUAUGGAGAGAAAAGGUAGAUAUGGAGAAGGAGGUAGGCAUGGGAGAAAAGAGAUGGCAAGAGGAAGAAAGAAGCCAUGCUGGAAGAAGGUACAUGGUUCGGGUCCGAGCCGUGGUGAUGGCCCGAGAUGACUCCAGUGGGGGCUGGCUGCCUGUGGGGGGCGGGGGCCUCAGCCAGGUGAGCGUAUGUCGGGUCCGAGGGGCCAGGCCCGAGGGGGGGGCCCGCCAGGGGCACUACGUCAUCCACGGGGAGCGCCUCCGGGACCAGAAAAUCACCUUGGAGUGUACCCUGAGGCCAGGCUUGGUUUACAACAAGGUGAACCCCAUCUUCCAUCACUGGAGCCUGGGUGACUGCAAGUUUGGGCUGACGUUUCAGAGCCCGGCCGAGGCAGAUGAGUUUCAGAAGAGCCUGCUGGCAGCGCUGGCUGCUUUGGGUCGAGGCUCGAUCACCCCCUCUUCCUCCUCCUCUUCCUCCUCCCCUUCCCAGGACACUGCAGAGACCCCCUGCCCUCUGACGUCCCACGUGGACAGCGACUCCUCCUCCAGUCACAGCCACCAGGAGACGCCUCCCAGCGCAGCAGCGGCCCCCAUCGUCACGGUGGAGUCAGCUUCCGGCUUCGGGCCGGCCACGCCCCCCCAGCGCCGCCACUCGUCAGCUCAGAGCUACCCUCCGCUCCUACCGUUCACGGGGAUUCCGGAGCCUUCAGAGCCCCUGGCUGGGGCCGGGGGCCCGGGCUGGGGCGGCCGCGGCUAUGAGGAUUACCGGCGCGCGGGGCCCCCCGCGCCCCUCGCCCUGUCCACCUGCGUCGUGCGCUUCGCCAAGACCGGCACUUUGAGGGGCGCAGCCCUAGGGCCCCCCGCAGUCCUACCCGCCCCUCUCACCGAGGCUGCGCCUCCAGCACCCCCGGCUCGCCCACCCCCAGGCCCCGGCCCGGCCCCUGCGCCAGCCAAGGCCUCCCCGGAGGCGGAGGAGGCGGCGCGCUGCGUGCAUUGCCGUGCGCUCUUCCGCCGUCGCGCUGAUGGUCGUGGCGGCCGCUGCGCCGAGGCCCCGGACCCGGGUCGCCUGCUUGUGCGCCGUCUCAGCUGCCUGUGGUGCGCCGAGAGUUUGCUCUACCACUGCCUGUCGGAUGCCGAGGGCGACUUCUCGGACCCGUGCGCCUGCGAGCCGGGCCACCCGCGCCCCGCCGCGCGCUGGGCCGCGCUGGCCGCGCUCUCGCUCGCCGUACCCUGCCUCUGCUGCUACGCACCCCUGCGUGCGUGCCACUGGGUCGCGGCGCGGUGCGGCUGCGCGGGCUGCGGAGGUCGCCACGAAGAGGCUGCGCGGUGAGGACGGCCUGAUGGGUCCGGUAGCCAGACCGAGGACCCAAAAUUGAGGGUCCAGGACCCCGGACUCCGUUCGGACCCCAGUCCCAAACCUAGGCACACCCGGAACUUGGAGCUUGAGUUUGGAUUGAGAGACCCCAGACCUGGAACCUGGACCCCAAAUGUAGGACGGAGAGACCCCAGAACCAGCUUCAUUGGGAUGUCUGUCCAAGAGGUUCCAGGGACCCUGAGUUCUGGCUUUCCCAUUCUCCACCCCCACCCCGACCUAGACUAAGGAGAUUCCAGGGAUCCCCAGACCCUUCACCCCAGGCAGGCAGGGAGCACACGGAUCCCUGAGAGCAGGGCUCAUCCUGACUCCCUGUUCAAAUUACCAACCUAGAACCCCCUCAUGCCUGGCACCACGAACCAUCAGAUUACAGCCUCAUAAUUAGGAGUGGCCAGAACCUGACCCUACCUGUAUACAGUUACUCCCAGAUCUUAAAUCAUAGUACCUGGAAUCACCCCCCAAUGAUUCUUGAAUGCACCUAAAACCUGGGGCACCUGUAUCUAAGAUGUUCUUGUAGCCCCAGGACUUCUUAGACACCAAAUCCUCUUAAGAUGCCCUGAGUCCUUGGAUGUGCUCAAACGGCUGUUCUCUCACCCAAAUGACUUGGGAGAUCCACCUCAGAGCCCUCCUUCCCAUGUGCACAUGGCCCAAGAUUCAGAAUUCAGACUCCGAGAUGCUGUGAGCCAAGGAUCAAAGACCUCUGUAGACCCACCCAUCCCAAGCUGGUGUUCCCAGGAAUUUUCAAUUCCAUAUAUAGAACUCUGAAGUCCUAUAUAUGUAGGACUGAUGUAGGAUUGAAGGCCACCAGUACCUCAGGGUCUAAGACAUGGGUCCCAACCCCUCAGAUACCCUUCUUCCAAACCUCCUCGGACUCGGAUUUCAAGCCCCAGAUCAUCCUGGAAUCUUCAGCUUCUUUGUACCCACAUAUUCCCAGUCCCCAAAAGGCUAGGAGCCCAGUUCCCAGAAGAUGGGACAUUCAUAGCAACUCAGACCUCUGACCCUUUGCCCCUGAGUGGCUCCAGAGUGCUUUAGGAACACUCAAUCCAAGACCCUAAGGUGCCACUGACCCUCCAAAUUCAGAACUCAAGCCUACACAGUAUUGGGAUUGUCCCUGACCCAAGACCUUGGUCCCUCCAUGCCAGAGACAAAUCUGAGGUGCCCUGGGACUUUCACACCUUCAGAUCCCAGAUUUUUUUGGAUUCCAACCUCUCUAGCCUGAUAUUUCCCAGGCCCAGCUUGUGCAUCUCCUGAGACCUGCUGCCUAUUGAAUCUUGCCGUUCACAGACCCCUGAAACCCCAAGGUCCCAGACUCUCAGAAUUCUAGUCCCAAGGGCCCCGGCCCAAGCUCUCAGUAUCAUACAGAACUAUCCCUUUAACCCUAAAGGGGGAAAAAAAAAACAUUUUGAGCUAAUGUUCCUGGAUUCCAGGACCAACCAAGAUCUCCCCUGCUCCCAUAUCUAGGACCUAGCUUUGCCAUAGAUGAGUGUGCAGGCUGUUCACUAAACAAGGCCUCACAGCCAAGGCUGUGAGCAGGGCUGGCCAUGCUGUGCCCUCAGAGGAAGGUGUGCAUUUGUGUAAGUUGCACAAAGGCAACUAGAUAUGGCUCUAUUGGCACAAAUGCCCAUGGGUGCACACUCACACCUACACACACCCACACCCACACACUUCCCAGCCUUGCAAACUCUCUCCCAAGCCCAACCUUGAGUCCUAGCCUUAGUCCAAGCCUUUCAUGUGCUGCCCCUCUGUUAACCCCUUCACUUCCAUCUCAGAGUUGGGGGUUGUUUGGGAAAGUUUGAAAGCCUGGUUCAUGGCCUUCUGAGACUCCUCUUCUGGGGAAAGGGGAUUCCAAGAUCUCUUUCUCUUCAGUGGAAUGGGACUUCUAGUGUACCAUGGAUCUGACAGCCUGCAUGGGGGAGAUCACGGUCUUGGAGCAACACAAUCUCAAUGUUGUAUGGGCUUGGGACCUACAUCUGGUCCUAGGCAUCUUGAAGUGUGCACUUACCUUUCCUCAUUACCCAGACCUGGAUGGCCUUGUGGGGGUUCAAGGGAUAGGUCAAGGGGGCCAGAGGGAUGGAUCCUCCUGUCACUUCCUUUAAAUUAACUAUUUAUUACAUCCGGAACCUGUGAGAUUCAGCUCUCUCAACCAGACCCUGGGAUGGGUGAGAGAAAAGAGGGGUGUCCCUCCCACCCCCACUCUGCCCAGCUCUCAUCAGUGUCAGACCCACCAGAGCUGAGGGCAGAGGGACGGGGGGCUGGGGCAGCCUGGGUCCCCAUCCCCCUCUCUGUGCCUCGGUCUCCUCCCUUCCGUGGUGGGCGGGGGGAAGCUCCAUUCUUAACCUACCUCGUUUUGGGGAGGGGUGGGACGGGGGACCAGAGUGCUGUAAGGUGCUGUGGGAUCUGUGGACGAAGUGGUGGGGGCUGGGGGAAGGUUCCCUGGCUCCCACCUCCCAGCACCGCCUCUCCCAGGUCUCCCAGUCCUGCUCCCUGCUAAUACCCACCUCUGAUCCAUGAUUACUCUUCAUCACCCCUAAAUCAGGGGUGCAUGGAGGGAUGACCCUGGGAGCCAGGAAGACCUCAAACCCUGGAGCCCCCAGGCCCAAUUUCCCAGCUGCUUGCCCCUCAGAUUGGAUGCUUGGCCCCCAGGCUUGGGGGAGGCACCUCGACAUUUAUCUUCCUGAUCUUGAUUCUAAGCCAGUCUGUGACCUCAAUAUUGUUAUCAGUGCAGGCUGAAGUAGUGGGGGAGGAUGGGGGCCGAAGACCAGCCUUGUCAUCGGGGGAGGGGGCAUGAGAUAUCGGCUCCAAGAAAUGUCUGUGACAAAGUC